GAGAUCUUGGCUGACAAUUAGAAACAAAAAGUGACUAGUCUUGGGACUUCCCCACCAUCCAGCUCUUACCGGUUCUUAUCUCGGGUUCCUAGAAGCAAUAAAACUGUAAAAAUUACUUUACAGAGAAGGAAUGAGGGUGGUUCUAUUAAGGUAGUAAUGUUGGUAUGGUAUGGAACUGAGAACAGAGUCCAGGGUAAUUCCCUAUUGUGAGUGUUUUUGUUUUAUUUUUUAAGAACGUUUCUAUAUUUUGACUGGGAUAAAUCUGCCUGGUCUCUGUUUUCUAACCCCCACCCUCCAGAAUGGCCAUUAGGAAGGCAGACCCAGAAAUUUAGGUCCAGGUUCUCCCCAGCAAAUCUAUCUUCCUCUUUACCUUCUUGCCCCGCCCCUCCACCCAGACCGUGGUUUCCCCUGACCACUCCCCAGCACAGCGGAGGACGGGCCCGUCUAGGUGCCAUCUUCCUGAACUUUGCCCAGUGAUAGAUGGGCAGGUCUGUCGGUGUCCAGCCAAUUAUAAUGUGGAUUUUACUUCUCACCUCUACUGUGUAGGUGGAGCGACUGCCAGAGGAGUAAAUAUGAUUAGUUUUACAUUCUAUCCUUCCUCUGCCCAAACCCUAACCCUAACCCUAAACCCAACAGUAGGGGUCAUCUGUUUCCAGCAAGCGGCGAGCAUAGUAGAAACAUCUGUCUAGGAGAGGAGUUCUUAUGAAGGCUUGCUCAGCUCUCUGCACCUUAAUUCCUGUUCUUCAUUCCAGUGUCUCCUACCUGCAAUCUGGUUCCCUCGAGACACUACCUAGUUUGUCUCGUGAUAAUCUUUUCUGCCGGGGGUUGGGGGACUACCUUAGGGUCACGGAGAACGCAGAAGCAGCAGGACUAGCAGCAUCCCUGAGGCUUGAGGAACUGGAGCUGAAGGAGGAGUGGCAGGAUGAAGAAUUCCCCAGUUUGCUUCCUGAGAAGGCUGACUCUUCUGAAGAUCCUGACAAUCCCAAAAGAGACUUACAGGCAGGUACCCCCAGCACUUUAGCCCUGUGUGGCCACCGUGCCAUGCGUAAGCGUCUUUCUGCCACAGAUUUGCGACUGAAUUUGACAAAGGGGCCUGGAGAUAAUGAAGCUUCUUCCACCCACUCAGCACCUUCCUCUCCUGAUGGUAGCUCUGACCUGGAAGUAGACGAAUUAGAGACACCUUCAAGCUCCGAGCAGCUGGACAGUGGACAUGAAUUUGAAUGGGAAGAUGAGCUGCCCCAGGCAGAGGGUCUGGGAGCCAGUGAGGCAGCUGAAAGGCUGGGCCAGGGUUGUACGUGGGAUGUGGCUGGAGAUAAUGGUCAUCGCUGGAGGGUGUUCCGAACAGGGCAGCGGGAGCUGCGAGUGGACAUGACGGUCAUUGAGCCCUAUAAGAAAGUCCUGUCUCAUGGAGGUUACCAUGGUGAUGGCCUCAAUGCUGUCAUCCUCUUUGCUUCCUGUUACCUACCCAGAAGCAGCAUCCCCAACUAUACCUAUGUCAUGGAACACUUAUUUAGGUAUAUGGUGGGAACUCUAGAGCUGCUGGUAGCUGAAAAUUAUCUGCUUGUUCAUCUGAGUGGAGCCACAGGCAGAGCCCAAGUUCCACCCCUGAGCUGGAUCCGCCAGUGUUACCGGACUCUGGAUCGGCGGCUAAGGAAGAACCUGCGCGCCCUGGUGGUUGUCCAUGCUACGUGGUACGUGAAGGCAUUCCUGGCGCUGCUUCGACCCUUCAUCAGUUCCAAGUUCUCGAGAAAGGUUCGUUUUCUGAAUAGCCUGGGAGAACUGGCCCAACUCAUCUCCUUGGAUCAGAUCCACAUCCCUGAAGCUGUCAGAGAGCUGGACCAGGCUCUCCAUGGCUCAUCGGACUGGAAUAAAGGGUCUUAGUACCAAGCAAAGAUAUUUAUCUGCCUACACCUUAACCCAUCGCUGGAUCUUCACAGCCCGAUGGGGUGUCAUGCCUCCCUCAACCUUGCCUUCAAAGCGGGGCUUUGAGGUCUGGAACUCGAUCUGCUGGGAGACUUUCAUUGCAGCAUGUAGUGGCAUUUUGUAUGGGAAAGUGCAAAGCUGUGGGUCUUAAUCUUGCUUGAGCUAUAGGACCUUGGGCAGAUAACUUCAUCUCAGUGAGUCAUUUUCACCCUUUUAAAGGAAGGGGCUGAGAUCCUUCCCACCUGGGGUAUUCUAGCAGUCUGUGAAGGCGAGGGGCUAUGGGAAGGGCACGGCUUAACACUGCCAGCCUGCUGGGAGCCAGACAGGAGUCCACUCAGGAAUCUUGGAGGACCCCUGUAAACCCCUCUUCCUCAGUCAUGUCUGCUGCCUGUGAGCCUGGGAAGAAGUGUUUUCAAAACCUUUCUUAGCCACUGUGGGGACUCAGUUGGUUAGAGCCAUGGUUGCAGGUUCCAUCCCCUGUCAGGGCACAUGCAGGAAGCAACCAAUGAACACAAAUAAGUGGAACAACAAAUUGAUGUUUCUCUCUCUCUCUGUCUCUCUGUCUCUCUCACACAUACACACACACACACACCUUUCUUUCUUUAGUCAAUUCAGACGUGUAGUGGUUAAUAAAUUGCGAUGAGAGAUU